AUGGAGAAGAACGAGAAGAACGGAGUAUUUUCGCGAGUGAGAUCGCGCUGGAGGAGUAUAUUCUCAAAGAAAGCAAAUCCAGUGAAACUCCGCGAUUGCAAUCGUCUCACGUUUGAGCGCAUUCUCUCCAACCCCGACGAGGAAAUCGGCACUAUUCUAGCACAGGCGACAGUCAAUUCAAUAGAGUUGCCGAACGGUGCUGGCAUUGCACUCAUUCAGGAGACAACGGUUUAUGACGAAGAUCCUGUCAUCGAUAAACUCCCAUCAUCGACUAUCUGUCGUACACCGUCGAAUCUGAGCCGACGCUUCCGAAGAUUGUCUUCUGGCGAUUUGAAUGUCAUUCGAAGAAUGACGGAGGAAAUAGAUUUCGACUUGAAGAACGUUAUCUAUGACGGGAACGAGAUCACUGGAGAACCGGACACCGAAAACGGGAACGAUCGUGCGUGCUUCAAACCAGGACCAGCAUAUCCUGUCGAUCAACAAAUGUUAUUCCUGAAGCAAUGCAUCAAGAAGAUUGACACCCGACCGCCAAACAUGUACUAUUUGACCAAUGGGUGGUCGGUGGAUAACUUUGAAGCCCUGUUCAAGUACAUGAUUCGAACGAGUGAAGAUAAUGCGAGAGACACGCUUCUGAGCAUCGAAUUUCGAGAUGUCGUUCCCACUCUUCAAUCAUUGUACGAUUUCAUCGAGGACUACGCAUCAUUCAAGGGUGUCAUUGUUCACAAGGACUAUGUGUAUGCGACAGUUCACUCCAGAAAAGCUGCGCUGGAGAGAAAGCUGCGGGGAGCAAUUGAGCAAUUUGUCGAGGUUGAACAAAAAGUGCGGAGGGCUCGCAUCUCCUACACUUCUACCAUGACCAUCAGCUCUCCUCAUACUCCUCAUGUGUCAGUCAUCGUCAGAUUCUUCUGUAAACGACCGUGUACCAUCGACAGAGGAACAAUAAUGAACCAAGUGUCCGUGCAGUUGGAUCACGUCACUGGCCACAAGGCACGUAUGCCGUCAUCGAAUAAGAAUCCGAACGAGGGAGUUGUCUGCGAAUGCGUAGAAAUUCCAGCUGAUGAGGAACCGCCAGCGCCUCGCAAGCCGCCACCAGUGACUACAAUUGUCACGGAUCGUCAGAUGUUUGUCGAAGAGGAAGAAGUUCCACUGCAACUGUCGUAUCAUGUAGAUGCAGUCACCGGAGAGACACUCGUGGAUUGCGAUGUGGAGAAUGAUGAUACGAACAUCACGACAGAUUCCGCUCAAGAUCACGACAUGCAUGAGUUCGUCGAAAUGUUUCCGACUCUUUUGGAACUUUUCGAAAAAGCUGGAAUCAGAGACAGGCGGGAGGACGAUGAAGUUGACUGCGAAAUUCCAGUGCAGCAAUCGAGAUAUCCAAAAAAAGUAUCAUUUGUCGGCGGUGUAACAAUGUCAUCGGAUGGAUGCGAAGACACUCGAUCGGUGACUUCUUCUGGUGAUUCUUCGGUUACCUCGGAGUCUGUUGGACUCACCGAUUCAUCAGAUUUUGACACUUCUGAUUCUGAAGCUGCAUCGUCGGAAUCUGAUUUAGAUACUUCUGAUGACGACAACGAAGAAGAGAAAGAGAAGAUUAAAUCGGAAUCUUCAGAGAAAGACGUCGAAAAGAUUGAGGACGAACUUAAAGAUGACUGA